AUGGACGGAAGAGCGAAGCAAAGUACAAUGCUGAGGAACUCCUACCAAAAUGACAAGCCCAGCUGCGUUAACAUAAAAGUCAUCGUUCGCUGCAGACCCCUAAACGAAAAGGAGAAAAACGACGUAAACAACGAGGAGGUCGUCCGAAUAAAAAACAACGAAGUGAUCUUGACGCUCAACAGAAACAAUGAGGUGUACGAGAAGAAGUACAGCUUUGACUAUGCCUGCGAUAAGGACGUGGAUCAGAGGACUCUGUUUAACAAUUACGUUUUCCAAAUCGUCGACGAGGUCCUCGAAGGGUUCAACUGCACGCUGUUCUGCUACGGGCAGACGGGCACGGGCAAAACGUACACCAUGGAGGGGAGGAUCCUGGAGCACCUGAAGCACGCCGAGGGCAAAAAAGUGGACCUGAGCGACAGCGUCAACAGCGACAUAAAUUACUACUACGAGCUGUGCGACAGUGACGACACGGGCAUCAUCUUCCGCGUGGCCAAGCGGAUCUUCGACAUCCUGAGGAGGAGGAAGGAGUACAAAUCGGGGAAGUGGGGGGAGGCGGGAAAAGCGGAGAAGGUGCAGCUGGAGAAGGUGGAGAAAGCGGACAAGUUGGAGAAACCGGCAGGGGAGCUUGGCAAAUCGGGGGAGACUUCUGAGCCCGGGGAGAGUUCCGAGCCCGGGGAGGCGGAGAAGAGCUCCUACGACUUCGCCAUCAAGGUGAGCUACCUCGAAAUCUACAACGAGGAGCUGUGCGACCUGCUGAGCACCGCCAGCGAGGCCAGCAAGCUCAGGAUCUACGAAGACGCCACCAACAAAAGCAAAGGGUUAAACGUGGACAAGCUGGAGGAAAGGUCCAUCAACUCGUUUGAAGAAAUUUACUACCUAAUCUGCUCGGCCAUCAAAAAGAGACGAACCGCAGAAACGUCCUACAAUAAGAAGUCGAGUAGAAGCCACUCCAUUUUCGCCAUCACCUUGAUCAUGAAGGAUCUGAACAGUGAUGGGGAGAGCAUCACAAAAAUAGGGAAACUAAAUUUAGUAGAUUUGGCUGGCAGCGAAAAUGCGUUGAAAAGCUCCUAUGGGAAUUUGAAGAUUAGACAGCAGGAAAGCUGCAACAUAAAUCAGUCUCUGCUAACCUUAGGAAGAGUGAUUAACGCUUUGAUUGAAAACUCGUCCUACAUCCCUUAUAGAGAUUCUAAGCUGACUCGACUGCUGCAGGACUCCCUGGGAGGGAAGACCAAGACGUUCAUCGUGGCUACCAUUUCUCCCUCUUCGCUCUGCAUCGACGAAACGUUGAGCACGCUGGACUACGUCUUCAGAGCGAAGAAUAUAAAAAACAGACCCGAAAUCAACGUCAAGACGACCAAGCAAUUAAAAAUAAAAGACCUCAACAAUGAAAUUGAAAAGUUGAAGAAUGCCCUCAAUUUGAGUCGAGAGAAACGAGGGGUAUACCUGGACAAUGAGGAGUAUAAUAAUAUCCAAAACAGUUUAAAAAAAAAUAGAGAAAUUUUACUUCAAAAGGAGAAGAUCCUUUUUGAAAAGAGUAAAAAAAUUAAAACGCUAUUGAGCAAAAUGGAUUACACUGAUGAUGUGCAGAAUCAGGUCGUCCUGCUGCUGAAGGAUGUCCUUUCCAAGUGUAGGAACAUACAACUGGUUCAUAACAUUUUGGUAAACAAACUGUCUGAGGAGAAAUGCGUCACGAGGUUUCUCCUGGCCGAGUUCCUCCACACCGAGGGGGAGUACCAGCAGCACGUCAAUCUACUCGCGCAGACGCAGAAGAGGAUCUCCACCCUUUUUCGAGAAACGAUUGCGAACCUUACGGGGAGGAAGAACCAGGAUUACUCCGCCCUGAAGCAGGUCUGCACCCUCAUCGCCGCGGUGCUUGCGAAGGCCAAGGGGGACAUCUCACAGGGGAGGGAGGCCAUCCUGAAAUGGCUGGACCACUUGGAGGGGCUAAAUAAUGAUUGGCUGCUGCGCGAAAGCCGCCUCCUCAGUUUUCUCCUGGAGAAGGUGGGCGCCAUGGAGCAGCAUGACCGGAAUGGGUUUCUCCAGCUGGGGGCGCUCGCGCGGGAGUUCCUCGCCUGCCGGGUGGACCUGCCCGAUUUGAAGCGGGGGAAUGGUUGUCUCGCUUCAAAUCAGGAGAGUAGUUUUACCGCCUCGAAUCAGGGGAGUAGUUUUCCCGCUUCAAAUCAGGAGAGUAGUCUUCCCGCUUCGAAUCAGGGGAGUAGCUGCCCCGACUCGGCCGCUCCACUGGAGACUUCCCCCCAGCCGGACCGCCAACAAUGGGGGGCCUUGCUGGGCGCGCUGCGCGACCUCGCUCAGAGUGAUGAAGCACGACGGGUGCUGAGCCAAGUGGAGAGCUACUACACGAAAGGAGAUAGCUCAGCCAAGGAGACAGUGCAGCACAUACGAAGCGUGAGCCACCUACUACAUCUCUACCUAAGGCAUUCAUUUGAACAGUUAAAAAAGGAGAUGAAAAAAAAGGUAGAGGCGCUGGAGGAAGAACGGGAGAAGCUAACCAAGCUGGUGGAGCAGCUCCAAAGUGACUACGAAUCCUUCGAGUCGAGUCUAAUGAAACGGAAGGAACAAAUGGUGGAGACAUACAGAGCAAGCAUCCGGGAGGAGAUAGACCUUUUUCAAAACCGAGUGAUGGAGGAUAUCAAAGAAGUGGUCCAAAAGAAUGUGAGCCAAAUGAAUGAGGUGGUGAAUGGGAAGCUACAGUCCCUCUCUAGCCAACUGCACGACGAAUGUAGAAGCAAGUUUAAAAAAAUGAUUACCCACUCGGUAAGCACCCUGGAGGGGUUCCUAUCAAAUCAUGAGGAACGAUGGGAUAGACAUCAUCGGGACUGCCUCCAGUCAGCUGAUCUGGUGAACCAAAAGGUGAGCUCCUAUUACGAACACUUAGGUUGCAUUUUCACAGAUGUGGAGGCCCAAUUUGCCAGUGAGAAAAAAAAAAUGGAGAGAGACUUGCAAACCGUUAGAGACACGUAUAGACGCAUCAUCCAGGGGAACAACGAAGCCAUUGGGAAGGUGGCAAACCGGCUUGAGGCACACUCAUCGGGUAAUCAAAAGGAUAAGGAGGUGCUUUACAGGGAUGUGUCCGGAGCAAUUUUGCGAGAAAGGGACGAACUGGACGGUAGGAGGAAGAAGGCAGAGGAGCUGGCGGGGAGACACGUGGAAGAGGUUAACCUGUGUAAUGGAAACUAUGGGGAACACCUCAGCAAAUGUGACUCUUACGUGAAGCAGCUUCUGCAGCGAUUUGGAGAAAAGGAAGAAGACCCAAGUGAUGAGUGCGUGGUACUUCCCAAUUGGGACACCCCCGUGAAGCACGAAGGGAAGGACAUCCACGCGGAAAUUGAAAGGGUGCGCUCCUACGCCAGCGAGAGUUUCGCCCACUUGGGAGACGCCCAUUUCAGCGGCGUAGACCCCCCCGGUGAUGCCACUUCAGGUGAUGCCUGCGGGGUGAGCGACUUACCCUAUGGCGGUCGCCACCCCUACGCCGACCUGCACUACGACCACGUGAGGGAGGAGGUCCUCAAAGAAAUAGAAGACGUCUCCUUCCAGAAAGACAUCAACUUCAAGUGCCUUUUCGACAGAAUCGAUGAGAAUUUAAGUCUUAUCCUUAACGAAAACAACUUUGCUCGCCAUCGAGGUGGGAGCGUGGAACUCUCCAGGGGGGAUAGCAUUGGUGGGGGGGGCAGCAUCAUCAUACCACUUACCUCCUCUCGUGCUGCUGCCCUUCCAGCUUCUUCCCCUCAUGUGAAUGACGUCCUACAUACUACCUUUCAUGGCAACUCCACUCCGUCUGCACCUCCUGGGAACGCCAUGCAGAGAGGGACGACCCACGAACAGGGUCAGAAGAAAGCAAGUGGCUUCUUCCCCACAGGAGAGGGAGAAGCAAAUGUGGAAAGUGGAAGCUCCAAGAUCCUCUCAGAUUGCAGCAGGAAGAGGAACAAAAGUAUUGAAGCUGUGCAGGGGAGGAAACUCGGCUUCACUUCCAACGAGUUGAGGAAUCCCAUUGCGAGAAUAAAGCCGCUGGGGAAUAGCGGGGGGUCUCGAAAGAACUCACCAGCCCCGAAGCGGCUCAAGGAGGACGCUUCCAAAGGCAGGCCCAUCAAGUUCCUUCGCAAAUCGGAGGAUUAG